AUGCUCCGCAUGGUAGAUGACAAUUCUGCACCGUUUCGUAACUCUUCAAGAAGAAUACAGUCUCACUCCUUACAGUUGCUUCUAUUCGAAACCUCUGUCACCGAAAAAAAUGCAUUGGAGGGGGCUCCUGAUCGACUAGGCUGGAUUUGGGACAGCAAAAAAGCGAAACAAGCGGAUGGGAAGAGACGAAUGUUCAUCAAGAAUAGGAAGUUAGUUUUCGAACCUCCUCUUGAGACAAUUUCUGGCACAUAUGAAAUCCCUGAUUGGGUUGAAGAAGAAGAUAAAAAGUCCCGAGAGAAAAAAUCAGCUCGUGGUACCAACCAAAAGAAAGGAAAAAAGAAGAAGCAGAACAAGAAAUUAAAUAAAAGACCAUCAACUCAACAACACGAUGUUCAGGAUAAAUUAUCAAGCAGCCAAGCCGAGUGUUCCUCAUCUCGAGAUACUGAACUCGAACUUGACAACGGCGAUGUAGCAGACUUGGUGACAGAAGACAAUGAAGACCGCCCAAGCAACGAGGAACCUUCCAAUGAAAUGGCCUCUUUAGCUGAAGAUCUUGACGGAACCCACUUGGAAGAGGAAGAAUGUCCGGAACCUGAGGUAGAAAAAAACACUAGAGCAAAGUCGGUCGACAAGAAGACCCUCCAAAGAGAACGACUUGAGGCUUUCAUGAUGUGUCAAAUCUGCUACGAAUACUACGAUGAUGGAAAACGCGCAAAAUACUCGCAUGCCUGUGGCCAUUGUUGUUGCUGGACUUGCAUGAAAAUGGAAUUUGCUCGUCAACGAAAUAUCGGAAGAAAGAAGUUCUACUGCCAUUGCGGAUUCGAGAUCCACGAGAAAAAAAUCAUCCGAAUGUUUGCUUGA